AAACGAUAACGGGGAAAUAGAAAAAAACAAUCUGUCAGAGAGCGCAGAGAAAUACAGUGACCGCAUCUUCGCAUUCAGUGGAGAGCGAGAGACGCGGGGAGAGGGAGUACGUGAUUAUAUACUGGACUCGUGGAGCCGCGAUGCGUCGCCUCCCGUGAGCAGCUGAGCUCCAGCGGCAGCGGCCGCCUCUCUGCGCAUCACCUGUGGCUUCAGCCGGGAGUUCGCUCGCGCUCCUCUCCUCCCGCGCGCCACCGCAGGAUCCCGCCGCCGACACCAGGAUGGGCCGCGCCGACCAGCUGCGUCAGCACCACGCGCACGAGCGUCGCGAGUCGCUCCGUCUCCGUCCAGGUGGCGCGAGGAGGACGAGCUGAAGGAGGAGGGCAAGGAGGCAGGAGGAGGGCGGAGGAGGAAAUCCCGCGAGAGAACAAGACUCAGACGGGCAUAUACAUGUAGGGAGCAGAGCGAGAGCAGAGAGCGAACCGCCGCACGUGAGGCGCGCGAGACCCCCGGGGAGAAGGGACUAAGCGUUCAUUUGAAGGAGAACAGCCUUUAUUUUUUUAUAUUUUUUCACACAUAAGGACAUUCUCCGAGCAAAGACCGACCAGAUGAAUCCCAUGACACAGCUGUACUACAAGAAGGCGACGUACUCGCCGUACCGCGACCGCAUCCCACUUCAGAUUGUUCGGGCUGAAGUGGAGCUGUCUGCGGAGGAAAGGGCCUACCUCACCGCCGUAGAGAAAGGCGACUAUGCAGGGGUCAAACAUGCCCUUCGUGAGGCAGAGGUCUACUACAACAUGGACGUCAACUGCCUGGACCCGCUGGGCCGCAGCGCGCUGCUCAUCGCCAUCGAGAACGAGAACCUGGAGAUCAUGGAGCUCCUGCUGGACCACGGCAUCCACACGGGCGACGCGCUGCUCUACGCCAUCAGGAAGGAAGUGGUCGGCGCCGUGGAGCUGCUGCUGUCGCACAGGAGGCCCAGCGGAGAAAAACAGGUUCCGUCGCUGAUGAUGGACAGUCAGUUUUCAGAGUUCACCCCGGACAUAACUCCCAUCAUGCUCGCUGCUCACACCAACAACUACGAAAUCAUCAAACUACUUGUACAGAGAAAGGUCACUAUCCCCAGACCACAUCAGAUACGGUGUGAUUGUGUUGAAUGUGUGUCCAGUUCAGAGGUUGACAGCCUUCGACACUCCCGUUCUCGACUCAACAUCUACAAGGCCCUGGCCUCGCCCUCUCUCAUUGCACUUUCUAGUGAAGAUCCCAUCCUCACCGCCUUCAGACUGGGCUGGGAACUCAAAGAACUUAGCAAGGUAGAGAAUGAGUUUCGUCAAGAGUAUGAGGAGCUAUCGCAGCAGUGCAAACGUUUCGCCAAGGAUCUUCUGGAUCAGGCCAGGAGUUCUCGAGAACUGGAGACUAUCCUGAACCACAGAGACAAUGAUCAGAGCGAGGAACUGGACCCCAGACAGUGCCACGACCUAGCAAAGCUCAAACUGGCCAUCAAGUACCACCAAAAAGAGUUUGUGGCGCAGCCGAAUUGCCAGCAGCUUCUGGCGACACUGUGGUACGACGGCUUCCCAGGCUGGAGGAGACGGCACUGGGCGGUCAAACUGGUCACGUGCUUCAUCAUCGGGCUCCUGUUCCCCGUCUUCUCACUGAUCUACCUGUUGGCUCCUAAAAGCGCUCUGGGACGCUUUAUCAAGAAGCCCUUCAUCAAGUUCAUCUGUCACACGGCGUCCUACCUGACCUUCCUCUUCCUGCUGCUGCUGGCCUCGCAGCACAUCGCCCGCACCAACCUGCACAUGCAGGGUCCGCCGCCCACCAUCGUGGAGUGGAUGAUUCUGCCCUGGGUGCUCGGCUUCAUCUGGGCAGAGAUUAAGGAGAUGUGGGAUGGGGGAUUCACAGAGUACAUCCACGACUGGUGGAACCUGAUGGACUUCGCCAUGAACUCCCUCUACCUGGCCACUAUAUCACUGAAGAUAGUGGCCUACGUGAAGUACAAUUCCUCUCGGCCGCGGGAGGAGUGGGAGAUGUGGCAUCCGACGCUAAUAGCUGAGGCUCUGUUUGCCAUUGCCAACAUCUUCAGCUCGCUCAGGCUCAUCUCGCUCUUCACGGCGAACUCCCACCUGGGGCCCCUGCAGAUCUCAUUAGGGAGGAUGCUGCUGGACAUCCUCAAGUUUCUCUUCAUUUAUUGUCUGGUCCUGCUGGCGUUUGCCAAUGGUCUGAACCAGCUGUAUUUCUACUAUGAGACCAAGGCGUCGGAGGAGCCCAACAACUGCAAAGGCAUCCGCUGUGAGAGGCAGAACAACGCCUUCUCAACGUUAUUUGAGACUCUUCAAUCACUGUUCUGGUCCAUAUUCGGGCUGUUAAACCUCUACGUUACCAAUGUGAAGGCCCGGCACGAGUUCACGGAGUUCGUCGGGGCGACCAUGUUCGGGACGUACAACGUCAUCUCUCUGGUGGUUCUGCUCAACAUGCUGAUUGCCAUGAUGAACAACUCCUACCAGCUCAUCGCUGACCACGCGGACAUCGAGUGGAAGUUUGCACGCACCAAACUCUGGAUGAGUUACUUCGACGAGGGCGGCACCCUCCCGCCUCCCUUCAACAUCAUCCCCAGCCCCAAGUCCUUCUGGUACCUGCUCAGGUGGCUCCACAAUAAACUGUGCAGAAGUGGUCAGCCGCCCGGGGAGGACACGCACAAAUGUGAAAAUCUCAGAGAGUUCACAGAGCGUCACGCCGACAGCCUGAUCCAGAACCAGCAUUACCAGGAAGUGAUCCGGAACCUGGUGAAGAGGUACGUUGCAGCCAUGAUACGCAGCGCCAAGACAGACGAAGGACUGACGGAGGAGAACUUCAAGGAGUUGAAACAGGACAUUUCCAGCUUUCGUUACGAGGUCCUGGAUUUACUCGGCAACCGGCGUCCUCCUCGGCGCCACUACUCCUCCUCCAGCGAGACGGUGAAAGACGACGGUGCCAUGGCCUCAGAGGACGACAGCGAAUCAGGGGACAUUGGUGGAGUGGGAGGUCAAAGGUCGAAGGGCGUGACCUUCAUGACGCCGCUGGAGGACGACGUCGGGCCCACACCGACGCUCGGCGUCUCUGCCUUGGUGCGCUCCAUUUCAGGCAUGACCCGGGGCGAGAAGGGGGAGGAGGGGGAGGAGGGGGAGCUGGAGGAGGGCCUUGUGUGGGGGGAGGAGGAGGAGGAGGAGGAGGGCAAACCAAAGAGCAACGGGCUGAAGACAGCGGUCAUCUCCCCGUCCUCCACCGCCGCCCUCCCCUCGCCGUCGUCCUCCUUCUCCUCGGCGCUGUCGUCGUCGCUCGCCCGCACGCGGAGCCGCCUGCAGCGCCUGUCGGCGCCGCGGACGAAGACGGACUCGUUCAAGCGCCUCUCCUACCUGUUCUCCCGCUCCAAGCGCCGCGCUCCGCCCAUGCCCCUCCCCCUCCAGUCCCCGCCCUCCUACACCAUCUCCGACGGGCUGCUCCGCCCCCUGGGGAGCCACAGCCGCUCCGACUUUGGACUCAGCGACGUGACCAGAAGCGAGACGCGCCUCAAUGAGGUGGGCCGCUCGGUCGACAUCGGCAACGCGUCCUUCUCGCCGCGGCGAACCAACGGGCGGGACUCGCUGCUGACGCUGCCCCUCCCGCCCCCGUGCCCCUGCCAAUCCCUGCACUGUGCUUCCAACAUGUCCGAGUCCAGCUCGCGCCUCCUGGACUCCAGCGAGGACGUUUUCCAGGUCGGCGGCAUCGGGGGCGCGGGGGAGCGCGGCGUCGCCGGGGGGGACGGAGGGGGGGGGCUGAUGGUGAUGGGCGGGUGGGUGGGGCCGUGCGACAGCGUCAUAGAGGACAACUGUGAUGUCAUAGAGGACUCGGUGACGACGCAACUGUAGGAGAGACCGUUGCCAAACUGUUUGUUUUUUUUCUUUUCUUCGUUUGCGAAACGGAUGAACACGUGCAGAGGAAGAGCGACGGAGAGAGAGGAGGGGGGGGGGGCGACCCGGAGACAAGACUCUGCAGUUGGAGUAUGCAACGGAGCGGAUCGGUGGGAGCAUCUGCAUCCUGGAGCGGCAGGUGGCGGUGGUUUAGAAGGUUUAGAAAGGAAAGCGCUCGCGUUUCCUCUCUGAGAUUAUGAAACGUAAUUAUUAUCAAAUUACAAGAAGCCAAAGUAACAUUUCGCAAUGGAAAUAAAGUCCCUGUGCGGUUUCAAAGACAAUAUGCCGACUUUCCCUUUAACCGAAGUCCAGACCUUCAAAUGAGGAAUCUAACCACUGGAGGUUUAAUGGAGCCACUGUUCUGCGGAACAUAAUGAACUGAAAGGAAAUGGUCUCGCGUCAAAUGUGACUACUUCAAAAUCAGCAAAACUACGAGGACGGGAGGAAUAAUCUGCUUCAGCUCUGCAGUUUGGAGGAUUUUACUCAGCGGGAUCAGCAUGAAACCAUUGCUCUGCUCUUAAUAGUCUGCACCCUCUCUCUCUGCAUCAACAAGGGCCAAGGAACUUUAUUUUAUCCUUAUUACAGUUACUACUAGUAAUAAUAAUAACAAAUAUAAUAAUAAUAAUGAAUUAUACUGGUUUCUAAAGACUGUGUUUGCUUCUAUUUGAGUUGCCAACAAUAUUCUGGCUUCUCGUUCAGCUCUUCCUUAAUAAGUACACUUUAUCCUGAUGAAUUAAUAAUAUAUGGUGAAAUUCAUUGUGUGGAGAAGAUGGUGGAUGGAUGAAUGUGUGGGAAAAUUAAGGGAAAGGAACGAGGCAGGAACAGAAGAGUGGGAAGGAGCUGAAUGACAAAUGUAUGCAAAGGGAAAUGAAGGUAUGACGGAAAGCAAUAGAAAAGUAAUGAAGGGAGAACGGAGACGCCGAGAAAGACACAGGGACUAGUUUGCCUUUCUGUCUGGGAAAAAUCUGUUCUAAAGGGAAAUUUCACCAGAGUUUCAUCACGGUUUUAUUUUUUUCCGAAGUCGCUCGUCGCGGCGACUUCAAAAGGGUGGCAUGAACAGAGGCUGUUGAAUAUUACUCUGGUUAAUGUACGACUGUCAGCAGUGAAACAGAGAAAUUAUGCAUGUUUGAUCAAAAACCUGCAGCUCACACACACACACACACACACACACACACACACACACACACACACACACACACACUGGGAUUAUCAGAUAGUGUGAUGAGUAGCUCCAGGCCAAAUGUUUUACCCCUUGAGAUCCCUCGAUCGUUGGAUCUUCUUAUUGUACAUCCCAUUUUCCAUUUCUCCCGUUUUCCAUUUUCCUUUCCCCCCGACACUGUGCAUAGACACACACACACACACACACACACACACACUUGCUGGUCUGUCCAGCAGAGGCUGUGACCUCGCUUGACAGCGACAGCAGCAAAGACCCUCAACCCGUCCAUGAAUCAAUGGCCCACAUGUCAUGCCGUAACCAUGGAGAUUUGACUAGUCGCUCAGCAUCCUGUAAUCAUGAUGUCACAUUCACAGGAAGCUACUGGGCAUCCUGGUGCUGCGGCUCAGCGGUUAGUGAUGGCGUUCAUCUCUAUUGCAUUUAAAACAAUGAAGGCUUUCCAUCUGCGUCCCAUCAGCAACAGAGAACAACAAGUAUGUGGAAGUGCAUGCGGCUGCAUAUUAAAAUGGUAAAAAACAUUUAAAGGAAUUUAAGAACGUAUUCAUCAUAUGAAAAUGUAAAAUAGCAUUUAGAUCAAAAACUUUUAAAUUAUCCCAUGAUCCCCUGAAGGACUCCAGGCUUUUAAUAAAUCAAUGGUCUGGUCGUUUUGCUAAGUCUGAGGAAGUGUAUUGAUUUCAGUUCAGUUAAGGAGAGAAAUCACAUUUAAUCUGCAUGGAGGAAUUAAACCGUAAGGCAAAACUAAAUAUCUAAUGAUUUAAAACACCGGAAAGUGCUGAUUCAUGAGACGGAUGACUCAGGGCAGGAGAGGGGGGAGGGGAUGACUUCAUUAUUGUUUCUUACCAGGCUCCUGAAAAAUGGAGGACUGGCACAUCAGAGGAUCAAAACCAGUGGAGGCUGAGACGCUCGGUCCCACAGGACUCAGAAUCAGACACAGAAUCAGACCGUCCUUAAGCUGCUGCGUCAGGAGUAACACCUUUGUUUAGAGGAACAUGAUGCGGGACAUGAAGGACAUGGAGUCCUGGACCAAACCUACCUGACCUUCAGCCACAACAUUCACAUGGAAACAUGGAAACUUGGAUUCAUGCAUUUAUAUCAAAUCUGGGGCCAAAUUGGACCCAGUUCAGUGAAGAGGUUGUCCCUUUACCAGCCUACAGUAAACAGCACAGACUAUGUCUGCCUAGUGCACAUACAAACGCAGGCCGCAGGAGUCACUCAGUCCCAUUGAGUUCUUACAAUCGCAGAUACAGCUUUGAAUCAUAAGAGUGUCAGAGCUGGACUACAUCACCGUGGUCUGGACACGACCCUCGCAGAUUUCCUCCACACAACCCACUAUCAAACUCGCAAUAUGCAUUACACACGCACAGGCUAUUGUCCUGUACACAAGAGUAUUAUCUGAACAGGUACCAGCUGAGGAGAAGAGAAUUUUACCAAACACCUAUUUUUCUAUUUUCAACGGAUGAAAGCCAAGCAAAGCCUCAGGGGAACAGUGAAGUCACCGAUCACCUGUUCCCACGGAGUCUGCACAUGGAAGCAGCGUGUUAGAGGCCAGAGUGUUGUAAGCACAAUGACCACACGGCUACAGCAGAUUAAUGAAUGUUUAAGACCCGCGGUUAAAAGGGUGAUCACGCAAAUACAUAAAUAAGACAAACUCAGUAUUAGAUGCGCUGAUGUCAUACACUGUGGCAUUAUUACAUUUACUGCAGUGAAUGAGUAAUGGUUCACCGUACAGUAACAUGAUUUAUGGGCACGUCCACCUCAUGUUUAACGUCUCAUUCAAAACACUGUCAGGUGAAUGUAGAGAUGCUGACAGAGCACCGGUGAUUAAUUCAAAUAAUGCUUCAAUUAAUAAAGUUUCGGCUGUCGUGUGUUUGCUGAAAGGUCAACACACACGCAUAAUAACCCGGGACUUGUAGGGACACACGUACUGUUAGACACACAGAUGACUGAUAAUCAAUCAGAGGGAUCAAUGCAGGUCCUACCUCUCUGAGCCCCCUGUGGGCCUGUUUAACCUGCUGCAGGGAUCAUUGAUCCAGCCAAAAUCCAUAAUUAAUCUGUAGAGUCGCUGAUUGAUCUGCGUUCACGUAGACGAGGCGCGUACGGUAUGAUGCGGUGUGUGUGUGUGUGUGUGUGUGUGUGUCUCACGUUAGCCUGGUUCAGGGAGAUGCUGGUGUUUCUGGGACAACGUUUACACGCACGGGACGCGCGUUGAUGUGAACGGACAGCGGAGCGCGGAGGGCAGAGGCACAAGGUUGCGCUCAUGCAUUAUUCACACUCACCUACGACCGCCGACCAGCUGCAGUUUGACUGUAAAUUGUGUGAGACGGCUUGAACCUCCAGUCCACUUUAACGACCCCACACACACACACACACACACACACACACACACACAGCCCUAUCAGUCCUGCCUUCAAGGCCACAGCCCCGUCUGCUGUUGUAGAUCCGAUGGACUGAGGUUCACACUCGCUGAUGCUUUUCUCUGUGAAACCACCGAUCGCAUCUCAUCACCAGCUGCACCUCCGUGUCGUUUCAUUGGUCCAGCUACUCAUCACACUUGCGUACACAACACUCAUAUACGGCAUCGUUCAGGUUCCCCCCUCACCUUCUAAAGGGAUUUAAGCUUUAAGAAUAACAACCUGUCCUUGUUUUCCUUUAUACUUUGGAUUUCCACAUGGGUGAAUGUAUGACUGUGUUAUUUUUCUAGAAGCGGACGGCUAGCGCAUGUUGACUCUUUAAUAAAGGCAUCCUUAGAAAACA